AUGGUCCGAAUAAAAGAAGGGCCGUGGUCGGCACUUAGGUUAGCCUGCGUAGUACAUGCAACACAACGUCUCAUCGCAACCUCCCUCGUACAUACAAUUGCAGACGCCAAGGGUACUUCAAAGCAUAACGAUGAUAUAGCGGAGGCGAUUGAGAUGGCUUCGGCAAAAGAUAAUAUGAAAUACGAUCUUGUUGAUCGUGAGGCUGCUGGGUACGCAAGCACCACCAUUGUUGAGAUUGAUGAGGCAACAAAUCAACGCCUUAAGCGGCUCAUCGACAAGCGCGUUAUGUUAUUUAUUGUCGUCACUUAUCUUGUCUACACUCUAGACAAGGGAACGAUGUCCUAUGCUUCCAUUAUGGGUAUUCAGGACGACACCCAUCUUGUCGGCCAGCAGGCUAGUAUUCGAUGUUCUCAACACGGAUUUAAACUCUACGGGCGGGGCUGA